AUGGAUCAUUCGCUUCCUGCCUACCCAAAUGCUUCACUGUACGUUGGAGAUCUGCACCCAGAUGUGACUGAGGCAGUCCUUUACGAAAAGUUCUCCCUGGUAGGACCGGUUUUGAGCAUCAGGGUCUGCAGAGAUAUGAUCACCAGAAGGAGUCUCGGAUACGCCUACGUCAACUUUCAAAAUCCACUGGAUGCUGAAAGAGCACUAGACACAAUGAACUUUGACCCUGUAAAUGGUUCACCAAUUAGAAUAAUGUGGUCCCAGAGGGACCCUUCAUUGAGAAAAUCAGGAAUUGGAAAUAUAUUUAUCAAAAAUUUGGACAAGUCAAUUGAUAACAAAGCACUUUAUGAUACAUUUUCUACUUUUGGCAACAUUCUUUCUUGCAAAAUUGCCACAGAUUGCAAUGGUAGCAAAGGUUAUGGGUUUGUACAUUUUGAAACAGAAGAAGUGGCAAAGUUGGCCAUUGAAAAAGUCAAUGGCAUGCUCAUGAAUGAUAAGAAAGUUUUUGUUGGGCGUUUCAUGUCACGUCGUGAACGUGUCAAUCAGAUGGGUGACCAGUCAAAAAAGUUUACAAAUGUUUUCGUUAAAAAUUUUGGUGAAUACUUGGAUACGGCCAAGCUGCGUGAAAUGUUUGAGUGCUUCGGAAAAAUUUUAAGCUGCAAGGUCAUGACGAAUGAACUUGGAAUUCCCAAAGGUUUUGGUUUCGUUUGCUUUGAGGAACAUGAGUCAGCUUUGAAGGCUGUUGAACAGUUGAAUGGAAAGGAGUUGAAUGGACGUGAACUUUAUGUGGCCAGAGCUCAAAAGAAGGCAGAAAGGCAAGCAGAGCUAAGAGAAAAAUUUGAAAGGUUCAAGGCUAGUCUCCUAGGUCGCUGCCAUGGAGUUAAUUUGUAUGUGAAAAAUUUGGAUGAUUCAGUUGAUGAUGAGGCUUUGCGUGCUGAAUUUAGCAAGUUUGGGGAAUUGUCUAGUGUAAAGGUCAUGAUGGAUGGAGAGCGUUCCAAAUGUUUUGGCUUCGUGUGCUUUAAAAAUCCAGAUGAUGCAUCAAAGGCUCAACAGGAAAUGAAUGGCCGUCUGGUGGGAACGAAGCCAUUGUAUGUUGCUCUAGCUCAACGAAAGGAAGAGAGGAAGGCUCAACUGGCCAGCCAAUAUCAGAAGAGAUACUGCACUUUCCCACAGCUGGUUCGUUCCGUUUUUUAUCAUUAUCAUUUUAACACAGGAUUUUACAUUUCACCAAGUUUUCCAACUCAAUCGGCCCAAAAUUUUUAUGCUCCACCAGCAAUUAGGCCGUCGGGACGCAUGGGGUCGAACCAGGCUCGACCAAUCACUGGCCAGCACCAACAGGUUCCGCAAUCUCACAGACUUUCAUCACCUGCGUACCCGGUUGGCAUCAUGCAGUCAAACAUCGUGCACCUACCUUCACCUCGCUUGCCACUGAAGUACACACCCUAUCAAGCACAGCCAGCCCCUUACAUGAGCCCCAUCGUCCCUAUCCAUCAGGGGAUUGCUGCUCUGCAACAGCAACCACAACAUGUUAGUCACUAUUAUGCCAUCAUUAUGAUGGUGAUUGCCCUCCACAUCCAGGGCCAGGAACCCCUGACAUCCACCAUGUUGGCUCGUGCCCCCGCCAAUGAGCAGAAACAAAUGCUGGGGGAGAGGUUGUAUCCACUCAUACAAUCUAUGUAUCCUGAGCAAGCUGGAAAGAUUACAGGUAUGUUGCUAGAGAUAGACAACUGUGAACUUCUUCAUAUGCUGGAGUCCAGAGAAUUGCUCAGAUCUAAGGUUGAGGAGGCGGUCGCCGUUCUGCAGGCACACAAUGCCAAGUUGGCCGCUGACCUUGCGGAAGACAAUGAAGGAGCUUGA